UCCCUUGCAGACCUUGUGAGUGGACCGGAAGUUCAGGGUGGACCGGAAAUACAGGGCAAGCGCUACACACGAGCCUCUUUUUCCUUUUGGCGCCUUUCUUCUCUUGAAAGUCUCACUGCGCCGCACUGUGCCGCACUUGCACCUCAGCUUGCUGGCCGUCCUGCUGCCCCUUUUUUGUCUCCGGACCUCGUGCUGCUCUUGAGGCUGGCCAGCCACAAUGGAGCCAGACCUCAGCUCGAGUUUUUCGGUGUUGGACAAUGCGCAGCUUUGUAAGCUUUUUGUCGGGGGUCUUAACCCGCAAACUGAUGAGUUUGGCCUGAGGAAACAUUUCGAGGCCUUCGGUUCCCUCACAGACUGUGUCGUGAUGAUGAAUCCCCAAACCAACCGUUCCCGCUGCUUUGGCUUCAUCUCGUUCUCCACCAUGAAGGAGGCCGAUGAGGCCGUGGCAGCCGCGCCCCACAUAGUGGAUGGCAACCAUGUGGAACUGAAGCGAGCCGUGGCCCGAGAGGACUCUUGCAGACCAGGAGCCCACGCGCGGGUCAAGAAGAUUUUUGUUGGUGGCCUUAAAAGUGACAUGGUCGAGAGUGACCUGGUGGAGCACUUUUCGCAGUUUGGACCGGUGGAGCGGGCCAAGAUCAUCCUCCACAAGCAGUCGGGCAAGAAGCGGGGCUUUGGUUUUGUUUACUUCUUUGAUCACGAUACUGCAGACAAGGCCGCCGUGGUCAAGUUCCACCCCAUCCAAGGCCACCGAAUCGAGGUCAGGAAGGCGUUGCCCAAGGAGGACACGAGUCACUGGGGCCUUGAUCUGCCGAUCCUGGGGAGCAGCUGCAGCUGGAGACCUUCCACCCGAGCUCGUGCAGGUCUUUCUUCCAGCCCAAGCCCUGACCCCAGUCCCAAACCUAGCACUAGUCCCAGCCCCAUCCCUAGUCCCAGCCCCAUCCCUACUCCCGAAGUCCAAUCUGCUGAGGGUCUCAAACCUGCUGGGUGGCGGGGGCCCAGACUAGCCGGAUGGUUUGGCCCUAAACCUUCUGGGUGGUCGACCCCCAAACCUAUCGGGUGGUCGGCCCCCAGAUCCGGUGGGUGGUCGGUCCCCAGGUAUGCGGAAGACCCCAGAGUCAGAUCUGCCGAGAGCUCCACCCCUGAAUCUGAGGGGGGUGGUGCCUCUGCAUCUGCCAGGAGCCCUGAUCUGAAACCUGAUGGAGACGCUGACUCCAAAAGUGAAGGAAGUAUCAUCCCCACGCUUGGUUGGAUCCCCAGGCCCAAAUCUAGUUGGGGCCCCCAGCGCAAACCCGGGUGGGACUCUGAUCCCAGAUCUCGAGGGGGACCCAAACCCAGGGGAGAUGAUGACUCCAGACCCCCGGGAGGGACCCAUCCCAAAUUUUCCUUCACAUCCUGGGAUCCUGGCUUCAGCGCCACUGGCCCUGCGUCUGACCCAACACCUGCCUCUGAUUUUGGCGUGGGCCUAGAGCCCAGCCCUUCUUUUACCUUAGGCUCUAGCUCCAAAUCUGAGCCUAAACCUAGUGCAGGUCUUGACCUCAAGAGGGCCCCAAGCUAUUACAGAGGUUUUACCAAGCCUAGUAUUCCCUCAAACCCCAAAGCCGGCCCUGGCCCCAGGCCAGGUGGGCUACUAGGCACCAGGCCUGGCGGAGGCUCCGGCACCAGGCCUGGAGGGGGCAGCAGUGGUGGCGGGGGCAGCAGCUCUGGCCCCAGGCCCAGUGGUCCAGGCCCCAGGCCCGGGGUAUCCGGCUCGGGCCCAGGCCCAAGCUCAAGCCCGGGCCUUGGGCGAGGGAGUGGCCCUCGCCGCAACAUAAUCCGUGGGACACGCGGCCCUCGAGGCCGUGGCCGAAGCUUUGAAAGCUCUCGCGGCUACCGUGGGGGGAGCGAUUACCGUGGGGGGAGCGAGUACCGGGCUGGCUACAGCCACAGCCGAGGUUUCCUUGGGUCUUUGAAGAGACGCUGGGGUAAUUGGGAAAAUUGGGGGGGGCCUCCCAGAGGUCCCAGAGGUGGGGCCGCAGGCCCUGGGGGAAACUAGGAAGGAAGCAUUUUGUUUUUGUAACCAGCUAGUAAAAUAUGGCGGUUUCUUCCCAGUCAAUCUUUGUAGCACCCCCUUUUGCCGAUUCAUGUCCACUGAAGUCCCCUGUUCUUGCCCCUCCCCAUUAAGAUAGAUUACCCCAUUUAUGAAUUUGUCUAUUGUAAUCUUUAUUGAACUUCAACUCUUUAACUAUCUUGUUUGUUACUUAGAACCUGAUGGUUUUUUGCAACAGCCUAGAGACUUAAUUAUUCGUCCUAAUUAAUGGUACUAGGGAAGGUGGAUUGGAACUAGUUUGGA